GAUUCUUUUUCAUCUCUACGGCGUGCGUCAGUGAUGUUUCUUUCCUUUGAUUUCUGAUCCUUCUAAACGUAACUUCAAAAUGCUAUUGAAAGUAGUGAAUAUAAAUGGCUUGCAGCACCUGUUCGCCUGCACUGAGGGGCAGCAUGAUGAAACCCUAACUAUUCACGUUUUCCGUCCUCGCGAGAAGUGGACUUACUCCGAGACUUUGAUGAAACGCGAUUACCAGCAGCGUUUGAAAACGCUCAACGCGCGUGUGAAGUUUCCCGAGGAAUUGGUGCGCCAGGUCCUGCUCAACAAGGAUCCAUUGCAUGUCGAACAGGAUUACCAGCACCCAUUGAACGUCCUGAAACUGAAGUAUGCCAUGGCGAAUUUCAAAGUUUUCCUCAAGUGGGAAUGGCACCUGAGACCCAUGGAUGCCGCACAGUUGUAUAGCCAAAUGUUCUUGAACACAAUGUCCACGGCUUUGGGACUACGGGCUCAGAUACCCCUUCUGCUAGGGAUUAUCCAUGCCAAGGACAAGGAGCUGAACCAGUAUCGCACCGAGGGAUGCCAGCUGCGCAGAGUGACCGUGGAAACCCAGCCCUUUGAUCUCGAGGCUUUUAUGAAUGAGCACAAGCAAUUGCUGGACUGUUCCGCUGCCUACCAGAAGGCGCAGAGUACUUUUUUUGCUGAUAAGCCAUCGCCUAAUUGGACAUCGCUUUCUUCGCCAUGGGCACGGGAUGUCGCGCCCUAUUCUUCGUCAAACGGCUACUUUGCUUCUUCGAAGGCAUCAAGCCCAAAAGAAGCUCCUCGCAUUAGGAAGCGCAAGGCUCUUGAAAUCAAUACCAAUCAUAUGGAGCGCAAGGUAAUGCAGCGCCGCUCCAAUCCGCUUGUCGAGUACAAAAGCUCGCAGAGUUCCCAAGAGACAAACGUAAAUGUAAUCUUAAAAGUAGAGCUAGCGCCAAUGGACACCAAGAAUGAUCUCACUGAUGAUGACGAAGAGUCAUCCACAUCUUCGGGGCUUUCCCAAGGAUGGUCUGGCCGACAACUAACCAAAUUUAAUCCAACCGUCGGAAAUGGUGUAUAUGAACUUGCAUCUCAGGAACAGUAUGCUUCUUCUGAAGAUGAGGAUGCUUCUUCUAAAGAUGCGUAUACUUCUUCUAAAUAUGAGGAUGCUUCUUCUAAAGAUGAGGAUGCUUCUUCUAAAGAUGAUGAUGCCUCUAAAUAUGAGGAUGCUUCUUUUAAUGAUGAGAAUUCUUCUUCUGAUGAUGAGGAGGUCACUAGGGAGGCAUCGAACGCUUUGGAUUCUAUUAAUGAUUUUUACGAUUACCCCCCGGCAUUCACUCAAGAACCCGAAGUCGGAAUAUCCGAGGGGAAUUUGGAUGUAAUUCAUCAAAUUGAGCUGGAAGAGAUCAAAGCCGCACUGAUUUACUCAACUGGUCGCGUCGCAGAAGCGAUCAAUAAUCUAGAGAAAAAAUAAUUUGGAAACGAUCUCAGUCUAAAUGGUGCUACAAGCAAAACCUUAGCCUUAGUACAUACGUUUUUUUUUUUUUUUUUUUUUGAGAUAAAAACAAAUCCUCAGUGAUACAAGGAUAAAAGACAUGAUUCCAUUUGUUGAUUAGGUAUUCGUACCUAAGUCCAUCGAACAGCAAUCAAAUGAAACAAAACAAUGUAUAGUGUUGUAGAUUUUAAAACGACAUCUUACCAAAACACCCUCAGUACACAAACAAGUUGAAUUCUACUGCAUACAAGCAGCAACUAACUCCUAUCUCUAUGGAACAUAUCGACUGAUAUUAAAAUGCGUCCGAUUAGUCACGGCUUUCCAACGGUUAUAGCCUCCUGAUCAAUGCAUUUUAUGCUAAAUGUUUUUUGUUAAAUAUUUUUUUGGCGUAAUUACUAAUAAAAUUGAAUAAAACAAAACAAGACACCCCAUUUACAAUUAGAAUAAAUAACCUUUAAAGUUUGUCUAAUCCCAGCCAAUCAACCAGUUACUGUGGUGUUCUGGCGUUACCAAAUCCAUUCCCUUUGGUGCCAUUGAAAUCAAAAACGAAUUUUGCUUUGAUUUGCCAUUUGUUUACUUUUAUGGCAGCCGAUUCGAGCCAUCGAGCUGUUGUCAAUGUGGAGCUUUGGGGCUUUGGCAACAUUCAAUUUACGCACAUUUGGCGAUAAGAUAAGCUAAAGGCAAACCACAAAUAAUAUCAACUGGCCAUGUGUCGGGAUGGCUCAUUGCGGUGGCUCUAUUCAAGAAAUUCGGUCGAUAGUCAGUCACCUGUAUCAUUUCGAAAUCCCAUACUGCCAAGUUACUCAAGAGAGAUGGCUAAAGUCUGGGCCAUACUGGCCAUAGCGCUAUUUCUAGGAGCACUGGCCUCCGGCGAAAGUGAGUCACAGUUUGAUCGCAAUCAAUCCAAAUUACAGCCG